GUGUGUUUGAACCAAAUUAUUUUUGCACUGUUUGAUAAAAAAAAUUACAAAUAUUUUUAAUCAAAAAUGCCAAAAACAAGUCAAAAAACUGAAAUAAUAGCCGGUUUGUGCGAAAAAUACAUAUUGGACAUUGUUAUGGCUGAUUCAAGUGAUGAUGACGAUGAAGAACAAAUAAAUGAAAUGUUUUUAGCAAACGUCGCUAGUUUGCUCACGAAUCGCAGAAACAUCCACCUUGGAGUUCCAAAAUCCAAUAAGUGGAACCAAAACGUGUUAAAAAUGUUUGACGAAAGCCGGUUUAAUCAAAUGAUUAGGGUGCGGCCAGAGGAAUUUGUGCAUAUACUGAACUCGAUUAAAGACGAUGAUGUGUUUAACACAAGUCCAAAAACAGCACAGCUUCCAAUUGAUAUGCAGUUAAAAAUCGUUCUUUAUCUGUUAGGAUCCUCUGGCGAUGGACUUUCAACACGCAAAGUAGCUACCCUCUUUGGAGUGGGUGACGGAGGCACAAUACAAAAAGUUACAAAACGUGUUUUUAAAGCAAUUUUAAAUUUGAAAGAAAAAUUCCUAAGCUGGCCUAAUGCAGAAGAACGACAACAAAUUUAGCAACUAAAGACGAAAUGCCUGGUUGCGUAGGGUAUAUAGACGGCUCUGAAAUAAAAUUAUCUGAAGCACCUGUCAAAGACCACGAGUUAUUUUUUUCUCGAAAACGUCAAUAUGCCGUAAAAGUUCAAGCAGUUUGUGACUACAAAUUACGAAUAAGACAACUAACAAUAGGUUAUCCAGGUAGCGUACAUGACGCAAAAUUUUUUUAAACUCUCCCCUAGCAAAACACCCCGAACGAUUUUUGUCCCCACCGCAAUGGAUUGCUGGUGAUAGCGCUUAUCCGUUAAAGUCAUUUUUGUUGACGCCUUUUAGAGGAAACAGCAUCGAACAUUCCAAAGCUGAAAGGGAUCUCUACAACAAACACUUUUCUAAAUAUCGAGUUCUCAUUGAGAAUUGCUUUGGUAUUUUAAAGGAGAAAUUUAAUAGUUUAAAAGAACUCAAAUUUCGAAUGAACUCAAAUGAGAAUAAAAAAAAAUGCAACAACUGGAUCAUGGUUUGUUGCAUUUUGCACAAUGUCUUGAUCAAAUUUAAUGACGAAAUUGAAAAUAAUAGCGAAAUACUUACAGUACAAAUAAACUUACCUCCAAUAUGUAAUACCCGAACCAGAUUGCUUCAUUUUAUACAAAACCAAAAUAUUUAAUUUUUUCACUGUACAUUUUUAUUAUUUUAUUAAAAAACAAAAACUUAUUCAUUUAAAAUAAUACAUUUUUACAAAAUUAAUAUUGCCAUAGUUUGUA